AUGACUCUUAUAUUACUUGCAUUGGUUUUCUGUUCAGUUUCAGCACAAAAUCUUUUUCCAACAACAACAAAUGCACUUGAUAUUCAAGAAACAACAACGGAUGCUGUGACUGAACCAAUACCAGGAGCAGAUGAAAUAACAACCGCAUCAAUUGAUUCAACAAGUAAAUCAGCUAAAACAACUUCAAAUGAAAUUAUGUUCAAAGCAGUUCAGAAGUACCUGUUGAUGCUCAAAGUAGCUCAAAAGCGCCUGUUGAUGCGGAAAACAGUUCGGAAGCUAUUAUAUCAAAAAAUGGACCUACACCCGUUGCGCCACCAUGUUCAAAAAGUCUUUGCAUUGGUAAGUCAAACGGAAACUAUGAGAUUGUUGGAUAUCCACACGAUUUUGUCCAAUGUUCAAAUGGAAUCGCAACUUGCCAAUCGUGCUGGCCUCAAAGUUUAUUUUUUAGUCAAACUUGCAACCAAUGUUUAUACAAACAAAAAGAUUCUUGUUACACUACAAAGACAUGGAAACCUCAAUCUACUUAUCCAUGUCCAGAUGCUUGCCCUAACAAAGGACCUAACUUUUCAGGAAACAUUGCAGAUAACGUUUCAAAUGGAGGUGCGGGAAAUCCAUAUCAAUAUAUCGGUUGUUGGAAAGGUGUUACUCAAGGAUGUGUUAUAUGUCCAGCCGGUUUGAAGUUUAACGAGAAAUCAAAUGCUUGUUUGUUCGAUGGAUUAUAUCAGACAAAACCAAAUUAAAAGAUUGUAGCCAUUUUAAUAAUAUAUUCUAGAAUGUGUUUUAAUAUCAGUAUUUUUGU